AUGCAAGUGCUAUCCACUGCUGGCGGUGUCCCGCUUACACAAAGGAAGUUUGCUCAAGAUUUACUCAAAGAACACCAUUGUCUGAGCUGCUCUCAAAUGUCCUCACCUCUUGACUCUUCAGUCAAACUUAUAGCAGAUGAUGGAGUCUUACUAGAAGACCCAUCUCACUACAGAAAAUUGGUAGGGAAACUGAAUUUUCUCACUAACAUCAGACUCGAUAUUGCCUACAGUGUGCAACAUCUAAGCCAGUGUAUGCAGAGCCCAAGAGACACGCAUUUGAGAACUGUCUUUCAUGUUCCAAGAUAUCUAAAAGGGGAUCCCAGUUUAAGGUUCUUUUUCUCCAGCACAAGAGACUACACGGUUAAAGUUUUUUGCUACUCAGAUUGGGCAGCUUGCCCCGAGUCUAGAAGGAGUAGGGCACUUGUAAGUGUUGAGGAUUUCAUUUCAUUCAUUGUUCCAUCUUCUGGAAGUUUCUCAGAUGAAUCUCUCUCGUACAUUCUCUGCUUUCCUCCAUUAAAGCUUAGAGCUAAGCUCAAGCUUCGUUUCUGA